AUGGACUUCCCCUCCCUGACAGCCAUUGCUGCAGCGAGUGCCGCGAUAGGCGUUGCAUCCCAUCUAGGAUAUUUCAUCAAGGGCGAACACCACGUUGUCGGACCCCGCCUCGUCGCGGCUGCAUUCCUCAUCCCCUCCGCCAUAUACAUCAGCAUCCUAAGAGGAAUUGGAGAGGAUGGAUAUCUCGAAGCAGCGAAAAUUGCGACCGUGGCGACUUUUUCGUAUACCACGGCUUUGUUUUCGAGUAUCGUCAUUUACCGGCUCUUCUUCCAUGCCCUGAAGAAAUUCCCGGGCCCGUUGAGCUGGAAGAUUUCGAAACUUUGUCAUACGUCCUAUCUGAUUAAGAAUGGACCGAGGGAUUUUAUUUAUCGCGAUAGACUUCAUAAGAAGUAUGGAGAGUUUGUGAGGUAGUCUUUCGCUCCUGUUGUGUGAAUUUGUGGUGCAUUAUCUGACGGGUGAUAAGGACUGGUCCGAAUGAGAUAUCGAUCACAGCGCCCAAGGCCGUGACCCAGAUUCUAGGGCCGAAGUUCAGGAAGAGUAUUUGGUAUGAAUGUAUCGCCAUCCCGGAUUUUGCUCUGAAUCUUGAGAGAGACAAGGCGACUCAUGAUUCGAGGAGAAAGAUUUGGGAUCGUGCGUUUAGUACUAAAGGUACGAUAUCAUAGCUCGCUAGUUCGUUGUUGCUCUGCUUAUGAUUUUACUUAGCUCUACGUGAUUAUGAAGGGAGAGUGAGACAGUAUACCGACCAGCUCAUUUCGCAGUUGAAUGAGAGAUCUGGGAAGGCGGUCAAUGCUUGCGAGUGGUUCAACUUUUAUGCGUUUGAUAUCAUGGGUGAUAUGGCGUUUGGUACUCCAUUUGAUAUGGUUAAGAAUGGGAAAGCGGUAUGUCAGCCAUUCUUCGAUUGCCCACGCAAUAUACUGAUUUUUUGUAGCACUCCGUGAUUACUCUCAUGACAGAAGGAAUGGCUAAUCUGGGGGUAAGAAUUGCCUUCUAUGGUUGAGAAAGUUGUACUGAGAUCAGAAAUUCAUAGCCUCUCACUCCAAUCAUCUGGAUCCUACCAAUUCUCAAAGCAAUUCCUGGACUUGCUGGUGCAACAAAGGCGUUCAUUGCACACAAUAAAAAACAGGUAGAAUGGAGAAAGACUGUAAGUAUUGCCAUUGAUACAACACAAAAUCACAUCUGAUUGCGUGCAGUAUACACCUGAUUCCCCAGAUUUGUACACCUACCUAAUCAACGCCUCAAAAGAAAGCCCCGAUCCCAUUCACAAAGAUCCGCGGUCAGUCCCCAAUCCAACUUCCCCACUCACAAACUAACAACCCCCAGCUGGCUUAUCGGAGACUGUGGACUCGUGAUCGUAGCAGGUAGCGACACCACAACCGCAACGCUCUCUCACAUCUUCUAUAAUCUAGCCCGUUACCCACAGGUCCAAGAAAAACUUCGAAAGGAACUUUCUACCUUCUAUGAACCCGGAUCUGAAUCUGAGUUCAAAGGCUUGGCUGAGGCAACGUAUUUGAAUGGGAUUAUUAAUGAGGCUUUGAGACUCCAUCCUGCUACUCCAAGUGGCUUGACACGUUUGACUCCUCCGGAGGGUGUUACCAUUGGAGAUACUUAUAUCCCUGGCGAUGUGACGGUCUCUACGCCUUUUUACACGGUUGGAAGACGUAUGUUUUACAUCCUCCUUAUCAAAUUCUGUGUAUCUAAUGAAAAACAGUUGAAUCAUGCUUCAAAAGCGCCUCGGAAUUCAUUCCUGAACGAUGGGGAGAGAAACCAGAGUUAGUACUGAAUAAAUCUGUGUUCUUACCUUUCUCUACUGGUUAGUCUUUCCUACCCUAACCCCUCCUUACUUCAGAAUACUGUGUUUCUGAUCAUGUAUAAUGUAUAGGUUCUGCUGGUUGUGUAGGGAAGCAACUCGCGUUGAUGGAAUUACGAAAUGUUACCGCGAGGAUUAUCUCGGAUUUCGAUGUCAGGUUCGCUCCGGGUGAAGAUGGGACGGGGAUUAUUGAGAAGUCGACGGAUAUUUUUACGAUGGCUCUGGAGCCUAUGAUGUUGGUUUUUGAAAGGAGGAUUGAGUAAUGGUGGGAAGAGGGUGUGAGGUUUGAGAUGUGUUAAUAUUGACUUUGGUGGUGUCUGGCUAGUGGGUGGCUCUGAGUGUGGAGAGUGGGAAAGCUUUGUACAGUAGAUUAGUGGCCUAGUGUAGCAUUCAAUGAAAUCCUUUAGUAUCAAA